AUGGUGCUGAAUCAUGGCCGGCUGCAAGUUGAGAAAUCUCGUAAAUGCCUCGAUGUGGAUAGCGGCUCAAAGCCAAGUUUAACGGACAAUGUUCGAAUAUACCACUGCGAGAACUCUGCUGAUCAGUACUUUAGCCAAUACGAAAAUGGCGAAGUGGUUAAUGAUAAGUCCAGAAUGUGUCUAGACGUCAGCGACUACAGUGGAUCUGGCAAUGUUAAUAUGUAUGCGUGUGAGGAUCUCAGGGAUCAAAUGUGGCAUAGUCCUAGACAAUUCUGCCAUGGAGAGUACUGCUCCUUUCUGAACAGAAAGUCGGAAGAAUGCUUGGACGUUGCCGAUACUUCAGCCGCAGUGAAUGCAAAUGUUGGCACGUAUAGAUGUACUUUAGAACAAGAUCAACGCUUCCGAUGGGUCACCGGAAAUUGGGUUAUCCCAACUGCAUCAUGGUCUCUGGUAGGCUGUAACGAGAACGGGCAAGUCACUCAAACAAUAAGCAACACCAUAAGCUAUUCGUCGACGAUCAGUGAAGAAACGUCAGUCGAGGUGAGUGCCACCAUCGAGGCCGGUUUUAAGUUUGGUGGGGCGUCUGUCACGACGACCGUGUCGCAUUCCAUGGCAAGGGAGUGGACCGAGAGCCAAGAACAGACCCAGGAGAUCUCAUUCACUUGUGAAAAUUAUGGCAACAAUCAGGAGUUCACCGGAGGGUGCAUGUGGCAGCUUCAAAUGAAAACGAGGAAAAGCGUUGACCAACAUUGGAUGGUGUGGAAACCUCAGAUCGUAAAGUGUUCCAGAGGUAGUGCUCCACCACAGUGCCCACCGUUCACAAGAUGUUUGGAUGAAGCUUGCACAAGGUGUGGCGAACCAGGUGUAUGA